UAAGAGUGACCUCCCUUGACGGAAACAUUAGCAAUGGCCGAGUUCGUUGGAAGACGAGUGAAGAUUUUGCUUGACAAUGGCACAUAUUAUGAAGGAUUCGUACAUUCUAUGGACCAAUCGUGCGGGAAGCUUACUCUGGAGAAAGUGGUCAUUCCAUCAACAGGAAAGAAGUUUCAGGGUCUAAAGCAUUUCUUUGGAGAGGAUUUGGUGUCGGUUGAUGUUCUUGAGGGGCAAAUUAAGCCCAAGAAAGAAGAGAAGAAUGACCACCUUGUUCCAGAAAGGAGGGAGUCUGGUCCACGUAUGAUGUUUUCCAAAUACAGCCCAGUACACCUGGACAGACUGCAAUCAUUUGAUACAAAACAUAAGCUGCUGAAGCGAAUAUCGUCCAAGGAAGAUUUAAAAUCUGAUUCUGAACAAACCGUUAAAACAGAAUCCAAGAGCUCUGACAAUGACUCCAGUGACCAAGACUGUGGAAAUUCAGACAAUUUGUUUGUGGUCAUCAACAAAGUCAACAAGAGGUUUGACAAAGCGAUGAGGGAGAUUUACACGCAGAAGACAAUAGGCGUUGCUUUGGAAGGUGUAUGUAUCGGAAGGUCGGGGACACUGUGCUGGCUUAAUGUUGUUGUACGCCAAAGAGUUUUUCUUUUUGAUGUGCUGACUAUGGGAAAGGAAUGCUUCGAUGAAGGCCUGAAAGACCUUAUGGAAGAUGGUGGUAUUCUGAAGGUGAUGCACGACAGUCGCCUUCCAUCAGACCUCCUACACCACCAGUUUGGAGUUAUUCUCCGUAACAUAUUUGAUACACAGGUUGCAGAUGCUUUUGUAUACCGUAUGUUUCGAGGGCAUGGAAACUGGCCACGGUAUGUUCAGAGCCUUCAGGCUUUGCUGUUUGAUCACCUUGACCUUCCACAAGAACAGAUACAGCUCAUGAAAGUCCGUGCUGCCCACAAAAAGGAAGACCAGCAGGUAUGGAUGGAGAGACCAGCGGGACGCCCUCUAUUGGAGGCCGCAUGUAAGAAUGUGAUGCACCUACUUGACCUCCGACUUAUCCUGAUGGAGAAAAUGAUGGCUGAGUUUGUCGCUGGUGUUGACGUCUACCUUGCACACACAAGGGACGCCAACAAUGAAGAGGCAAACAAGCACCAGUCAUCAAUUCAUCUCCUGCCAACAGCCUUCAAAGAUCUUGGUCGGCUCACAUCCCGCAAUUAUGAAAACUAUAAUAAUUGGAAGUGUAACCAGGACACAAAUGGUUUUAAUGAGAACUGUCAUGGUUUAACGGACCCAGAUGUCAUUGACAGUCGGGAUUCUAUCUGGCGCAUGGGUUCCAAGGCCGAUCCUAACAGUUUCAGGUUUAAAGGAACUAUUUACAGGAGCAAAUUUGAAGAUCUGCGAAGAAAGGGUGCCCUAGGAAGUGAAACAGAUCAGUCUGAUGUUAAACCAGACAGGAAGCAGCAGGCAUCAGAAGAACAUGCAAAAAAAGUGAAAACUCCUGGCCCAAUUUUACACAGUAGACAUGGUUCUUCAACAGACAGCCAGUCAGAGACAGAAUCACCCAAAGUGCAAGAAAAUACAACAGAUGGUCCAAUAUCUAAUCUUAAUAGUGAAACAAGGCAGCCAACAACUGGUAUGCUUAUCCGAUCCUUAGCCUACAAAAAUGGAGAAACAUCUGAAUGUGAUUCCCUGGAAGGCUUUUCAAUACGUCCUGCUGGAACUUUAGAGAACAACAGAAUGGACCGCCGGAAAAAGUGCAAAAACCAAGAAAUAAAAUCUCCAUCCUACUAUGCAGGCCCACCAGACUUCAGGGAGAACCAGGCAGAAAGUGUUCAGCACUUGGAAGAAGACAGAUUAAAUAUAUACUCUCCACCACAGUCUUCACGAGAACUGACUAUGUCACCCAAGAUGGAGACUAAAACUAGCCUUAUGUCAAACCACACUGAGAAUAAUGAGCAUUGUGAUCAGGAAACGCCAGCGACACCCCAGUCCAUUCCAGUGUCACCUUCAAAGAAACUCUCCCCUCUCCAGGCAUUACAAAACAGUCUGAAUUCUUCUAACAGUAGAUUAGAAAAACACAAAUUGAUAUAUAAUGCUUUCAAAAAUUUUAAAAAUAGUUAAUAAAAAGGUGAAAUGCCAGAAUGUGCCUCACAUACCAAGUAACAAUUCUGCUGGCCUAUAGCAAAGUUAUAUUUCAGAUCUUGUGUUACAACAAUUUAACAUUAGUUUGUUAGAGCUAAUACUGCAAUAAAAGUUUUGUUAUCAAUAUA